GGAACCUUUUCAGUGCGACACACCGCUAGACAGUCAUGUCGGCGCCCAAGUCAGAGCGCUCAGUGUUGGAGUCCUCAAAAUUCAGCUGAAAAAUAACUAAUUCCGCAGUUAAUGUAUUCACGGACACGUUGUCUAGAGAUUAUGCGUUGAGGGAAAGCGAAGUAUUUGUCGCAUUCCUGACUUAUUUUGAGUUUUCUAGUUGAGCCAUGGCAUCACUGUCAGAGGAGGUGCUGCUGGUGGUGAAAAAGGUCCGCCAGAGGAAGCAGGAUGGGACACUAUAUCUGAUGGCUGAACGAGUUGCCUGGGGUCCAGAGGGAAAAGACCGCUUCACCGUCAGCCACUUAUACGCAGAUAUUCGCUGUCAGAAGAUCAGCCCGGACGGUAAAGCCAAAAUUCAGCUCCAGCUCGUCCUUCACUCCGGCGAGAGUACCACAUUCCACUUUGCCAACGAGAGCAGUGCGCUCAAGGAUAGAGAUGCCGCCAAGGAACUGCUGCAACAGCUACUGCCAAAGUUCAAGAAGAAAGCCAACAAGGAACUGGAGGAGAAAAACAGGAUGCUCCAAGAAGAUCCUGUGCUUUUCCAGUUAUAUAAAGACCUGGUUGUGAGCCAAGUGAUCAGUGCUGAGGAAUUCUGGGCCAACAGGUUAGCGGGCAUGAACAACACAGACACCGCUGUGCCCAACAGCAAACAGGAAGUCGGGAUAUCUGGAGCAUUUCUGGCAGACAUUAGACCUCAGACAGACGGCUGCAACGGCUUGAGAUAUAAUCUGACUGCUGAUAUUAUUGAAUCAAUCUUCAGAACAUACCCCGCAGUGAAGCAGAAGUACAGUGAAAAUGUGCCUCAUAACCUGACGGAAAAGGAGUUCUGGACCCGCUUCUUCCAGUCCCAUUAUUUUCACAGAGACCGCAUCAACACAGGAACACAGGAUAUCUUCUCAGAAUGUGCCAAGCAGGAUGAGAAGGGGUUGAAGUCUCUGGUGAAUCAAGGAGUCAAGAAUCCUUUGGUUGACCUCGUGUCGCUGGAGGACAAAACAUUAGAUGAGGGUUAUGGAAUUUGCACAACUUUGCCCUCAACUUCCACUGCAAACAAGACGGUGAAGGAUAGCAGCAACUCUGCCAUCAUAAAGCGGUUCAACCAUCACAGCGCCAUGGUUCUUGCAGCAGGCUCACGCAAGGGGGAGGCCCCCACUGACCAAGCUAGUGAGACGAGCAGCACAGAUGGAAACUCGAGAGAUUCUGACUUCUUCCAACCUCCUGUGAAGAAGGUGAAGCUUCAAGAAGCCAUAGAAUACGAGGAUCUGCAAAGGGAAAACAGGCCAAAAACAGUAGCGUUGAACCUGAAGAAGUCUGACAGGUAUGCUCAUGGCCCUGUGCCACUUCAGUCCCAACAGUAUUCAACCAGCCAGGACAUCAUCAACUCUGUCAACUACAUCCGGCACGAGAUGGCCAAUUACAAACCCAACCUCACUCAGGUGUUGUCCAGCUCCGCGGCUAGUUCUGCCAUUACAGCUCUCUCUCCAGGUGGCGUCCUCAUGCAGGCCGGAGCACAGCAAGCCAUAAAUCAGAUGGUGCCCACUGAGGUUCAAGGAGAGUUGAAGCAUCUUUACGUAGCUGCUGGAGAGUUAUUGAGACACUUCUGGUCCUGUUUUCCCGUGAACACGCCGUUUUUGGAGGAGAAGGUGAUGAAGAUGAAGACAAACCUGGAGAAAUUUCAGAUGACAAAGCUUCGUCCGUUUCAAGAGAAAAUUCAGCGUCAGUACUUGAGUACAAAUCUCACGGGGCAUUUGGAGGAGAUGCUGCAGAGUGCCUAUAGCAAGUUCCACAUCUGGCAAACGCGUCGGAUGAUGAGGAAAACCUGAGCUCUUCUGGAUGAUUUGUCAAAGAGAAGACAAAAAAAAAAAAAGACAUUAGAUGGACAAAUGACUUGUGAAUGUCCUCUAGACGGCUGCGAGGAGACCACAGUCUCAUGGAACCUAGUUCACAAGGGCUUAGAGAGGAGGAUAUAGAGGGAUGCUGCUACAACCCCAAAUGUUCAGCAGAGACUUAACUGCAUCUCAGUCACAAACAUCUGUAAUUAGUUUCUUUCUCUUUUCUUUGUGUUUUCUCGGCGGUUGAGAGAUUGUUACCUGUGAUCUUUAAAACAGGACUUUUAAAAAGGUGUUAACAUGACCAAAUUUCAGACGGAAGUAAGAAAAAAAAAAAGAAGAGACUCAGGACAAGAGGCCGAGGUGUGAGACUGCCAACGUGAUCCAUCAGAGCGGAGAUGGAGCGCUUUGACUAAGGAGGAGCCCCCUCUGAAUACAGAGUCCCAGGAAAUCUGAACCAAGAGGGGAAGUGGAUAUAGCAAUACUGUAAAGGCAUUUCACACUCGAGUGCAUUAGUGUGUGUGUGUGAGACUCGGAAUCACACUGUCACUGGUUUGUAAUGUCUGCACUAUUUGUCUGCACUGAAGACAAAAAAAAAAAAAGAAUUAAAGUGUUAAGCUUUUGUUCCUUUUGACUGUG